AUGGCCGGAGGGGCUGAGCUCCUGCGGGCACAGCGCGGGGUUUGGGGGGUGCCGAGCCCCCUCUCGCUGCCCACGCCGGCUCUGCCAAGGCCGCCCGCGGCAGAGCAGAUGGCAGCGGGGUGGAAAAGCGGCCGGGAGCCAGGAAUAGGCAGCGCAGGCAGGAGCAGGCAGCGGGACGCCGGGAACAAGCCCGGUCGGGUGCGGGGGCCCCGGCCGCUCCCCCGGGUGCCGCGGGGCCCCGGCGCCACGCCAGCGGGCGUUUCGGGGUUUGCUCAACACCGGGUGGGGAAAGAAAAACAAGGGGAGAGCCGAGGGAGUUGCUGGGAGAGGGGAGGGUUGGACGCGGGCACUGGAAAAGCUGGAUCCGCCUUUGCCCCGGCCCGUGCCUCAGUUUCCCUGCGCCCCCGGGAAGGCGCGUUGGGGGUGGGCGAUGCUCGCCGAGGGGGGACACGGAGUCACAUCCACGGCACGGGAACGGGGGGCUGGAGGCGAGGGAGCCCCCCGCCCUUCAGGCCGGGUUUGUGCAGGGGCAGCCGUGGCAGCGCGGGGCUGCCAACGUGCCACCGCCCCCCCCGUGUGCCCACGGCCACCCACGCCGCGCUCAGCCGCGCGUGUCCCCGUCACUCGGCACCCACGGCCACCCACGGCCACGUGUCCCCCCAUCUGCGCAGACCCCCCGCACCCCAAAGCCGCUGCCACCCCCCCCGCCAAAGCCCUUGGGCACGGCAGAAGGUCACCGCUCUGGGGACAAGGUGCCACCUCGCUGCCCCGUCCCCGUGCCCGGCGGUGGCGCAGGAAUUCCGCACCGGGAUCGUGCCAGCUGGAUCGUGUCACCGUGUCCCCAGCGCCUCGUGUCCCCUAAGAGCCCUCAGCGCCCGCCGUGUCCCCCUGCCCUCCGAGCAUCCCUCGGCGAUGCCAUGGGCACGUCGCCCCAACGCCACCGGGGUUUGGCGGCUGCUCCGGUGUCACCGAGCCGGUGAGGCCCUUACCUGGCCGUGCCGGGGGGAUGCCGGGGGGCGCGGGGGUGCCGGUGGAGCGGCAGGGCAGGACAGAGAGCCCCGGCGGGGCUGAUCCAAGCGGGAAGGACGGAGGAUGCCGGAGGGAUCGAGGUGGUACCCGGCGAUGCCGCGUCGCUGCCUGCGGCUGAUGCGACUGGGAUCCUCCCAGCCAGCUCGGAAAUAGCAAACACCCUCCAGAGGAGGGAGAGGAGAGGGAAAAAAAAAAAAAAAAAAAAAAAAAAAAAAGGGAAAAAUAGAUAUCCAAGGAGCUGCGAGAGAAGGGGGAGGAAGGAAAAAGCUCCCGGCUCUGCCAAUGGCAUGGAGGGAUG